AUGUCCAUGUUCAUGAAGGACCCUGGGCUAGGCAAACCACACCAGCUGGCACUGUGCACAUUUCUCUUUCCCUCUCUGGCUCACCUAAGGCGCCAGGCUGAAUGUGCCAAGACUGCAAGGAUGCAGAUGGCUCUACCUGCAGGCAAACCAUCCAGCACUGCUGCCAACAACCUCUAUGAGGAGCUUGGGGACAGCACCAUGCGAGGAUAUGCACAGCAAGAGCAACAGCAGUUGCUGAGACCUUCUCUUCUCAGACCAGAGGAGCUAAGCAUGGAGUCUGGGAUUGAUCCAGGGCAGGAAUACUAUGGGCAAGAUUACUACAGUUAUGAGCAUGGGUACGAGCUGCCUCAGUACGGGAGCCGCCGAAGGCUGCUGUCCCCUUCAGGGAUGUACGACGAGUAUGGGGAAGUCGUGGUGGAGAAUGAUGGUGGCUACUACUACAGCCCUCAUGGACCAGCAGCAGAUGAGGGCAUGAUGCCAGGCAGAGGUCCUCCAAGCAGAGACAUAAGCCAGAUGGCAGGGCCACAAGUAGAAGGUAGACCUUUAGAUGGUGGGAUGGACCUAAGGCUUGGUCCUGGAAGAGCAUACAGGACCAGCCAGGGCAAGAGGAGGCUGAGAGGAGCCAUGCACUUAAGUCGUGUGGCAGUCAGUGCUCACAAGCCCAUGGGAAGAUCUGAGUCUGCUCGUUCCCGGUGGAAGAAGGCCAAGAUCUUCCCCCUGAUCCUGCAGAAGGUGAAAGGAGGGAGGAAGGAGUCCAGCUACGCCAAGCUGAUGUCAGCUGGCAAAGCAGAGGAGGACAAGAGCAUGAUGAUCAGGGGCAGUUACUUCCAGAAGUCCACGGAUGCCAGGCCCUCCAUGCGAAAGCUCAACCACGUCUUGAAACGCAUCAGCGUCUCCAGGAAGUUCCAGGAGCCCUUGAGCAAAGGAGAAGGAGAGGAUGAGUCCAAGUCAGGGGUUUCAAUAAGCAUCACGGCGGAGAGCGAGCACGAGGACAGCGAUCAGGAGAGGAAGAGGAGAAGAUACACUUCGGAGGAGUCAUCCAGCUCCGAGUCAGAAGACAAAGACUACUUGAAAGUAACUCUGGACCAAGAUGAAGCCACUGAAAGUACUGUGGACUCGGAUGAAGACUUUGGAGAGUCGGACGAGGAAUCUGGAUCCAGCUCUAGCAGCGAGUCGGGGGAGGACUCAUCUGAAGAGGACGAUGAUGAGGAAGACUCUAGCAGUGACGAGGAUGGUAGCCUGUCGGUGAGCUCAUCUACCCAAAGCUCCUACAGCAAGUCAGGGACCAGUGAGUCCAGCAGCAGAAGAAGCACUGAAAGGUCCAGCACAAAAAGCAGGCCAGGCAGCAGCCGUGGCAGGGCCAGGAGAUCCAGCCAGAAAUCGAGCGUGAGCUCUACUGCGUCAGGUAGUGACAGGGACACGAGCUACAGGAAAACUUCAGGAUCCAGCUACAAGAGCAAAACCUCCUCUGCCAGCCUGGAGAUAGAAGACACGAUAGAAGAAGUGUCAGAAGAAGAUGAAGAUGAAGAAGAUGUGGAGCAAGAGAUGGCAGAUAACUCCAACAAGGCAGGCGCUCAAAAGUCUAGCAAAGCAAAAACUGCUGUUCCUGAAGGCAAGGGAGGAAAAGCAGCUCCUCAUGGGGAGGGUAGCCUGGAUGAAGGCACAGAAGAGGCUGACACAGGUACUAGUAACAGGGAGGAAAGUGUGAGCAAGAAUGAAUCUUCCUGCCUGGAAAGUGAAACCAGUGCUACUUCCAAAGGGAGCAAAAGCAGGAGCACUUCUGGCCAAACUGCCACAUCCCCUGACACUGAGAAGCAAAAUUCUGACACCACUUGGGCCAGAAAGAAAAGGAUCAAGCUGAUAGUGGACCCAGAGUAUGAGACCGGCUCCACCGGAGAAGACAGCGCUCCUGAUUCCAGCCAGAGGAAUCGCCUCAGCAACCCCAGCAGCCAAGCCAACGUCAACGGGAACCUCUACAUCGCCCAGAACGGCUCUGUGGUCAGAACCCGGCGCAGCUGCCUGGCCAAUAACUUAAAAGUCACCUCUCCAGUGAGGCUGGGCAAACAGUUCAGGAAACUGGACAAGCUGGCAGUGACACAGGAGGAGAGCGUGCCACUGAGCACGUUGUCCAGGGGGCCGGCUGCCGGCGACAAAAUGAACACGAGGCCCUGUGGUGUCUCCUUCGCCUCCUCGGCUGCCGGAGCCGAGGGCUCGGUGGCGAAGGCAGGGGGCUCCAGAAUCAAAAGCACAGAGGAGCAGGAGUCACUUGUUGAUGGUGAGGACAGCAAAGAGCCCUUGGAGUCACACAGUGAACACACACAGUCAGACGAAGAGGAGCUCUGGAUGGGCCCCUGGAACAACCUUCACAUACCAAUGACAAAACUGUGA